AUGACCUCUGCGCGAACACAAUUAAGAUCGAUAUCUGUAUCUGACAAAAAAUUGAACCUUGCCAUAUGUAACGCUCUUUAUCGUGAAGGUUUUAUAUCCUCGGUCACUCGGGGUGAUCAUCGCGGGCCGGCUAACGAGUUUGUGUCAAACACACCGGAGAACAUCUCCACGCGCCGAUUAUGGCUUGAAUUGAAAUACAGGCAGAACGAGCCCGUCUUGAAGAAAAUGAGCUGUGUUAGUAAAGAAAGGAUCGAGGCGCGUUUAUAUGAGUGUGGGAAAAUUGCAGAGGCGGAGAAGUGUUGUGCAGAAUUUGGUGAUGGAAUACGUGAAUUGACUGUGAACUUAAGUCAUGGACGUUACGGUCUAAAGGAGUAG